UCCAUGGAUGUAGAAUAACAGGGCGCUAACACAGCUCACCCACCACCAGCAGGGAAAGUGAAUAAUAAUAAUUCACAUUAUUUAACUCAAAUCACAAUAAUAACACUUACCCUUUAAUUAUUCCACCAAAUACAAUCUCCUACGAAAGCCUUUGCGCCUCUCUCUCUCUCUGUCUCUCUCUCCCGAAACCAGUUGAUGUUCAUAGGUGACUCUUGCACGGUCCACCUUCAUUAUUUCUCUCUCCCUUGCCGAUUAAGAAAGUCACUUCACCUCUUUAUCGUAAAGGAAAUCUUGUACAUACAGAAUCAAUCACUCUCUCCCUCUUACUUCAUUCUUCCAAAGUUCCGACCUUACAUCCCAAAGAACACGCCUAUCAAAGAAAAACACGCUUUCGUUUGAACUCCUACUUUGUUUGUUUUCUUCUAGGAAUGAAGGAUACAGAAUUGUGAAUACCCAUCAGAGAAUAAACCUUAAAUUUGAAAAAUUACCUCUCCUUCUCUCUUUUUGGGGGUUUGGGGGUAAUUUUAUGAAUGGAAUUGGAUAGCAUUGAAAGUGUGCCAUCCUCAGAUUUGACAGACGAGGAUGAGAUCCAUCACCACCAUAUUCAAUUCCCUUCACUUCCAAAGCCUCAAAGCAACAGCAACAAUAUCAACAUCAACAACAGUAAUAGUGUUUCCUCAGCGAUUCAGUCCAUCAGUGUUCAUGAGUUGCUUGAAUGCCCUGUUUGUACCAAUUCUAUGUACCCUCCAAUCCAUCAGUGCCACAAUGGGCAUACUCUUUGUUCGACUUGCAAAACAAGGGUGCACAAUCGGUGUCCCACUUGCAGACAGGAGCUUGGUGAUAUCAGAUGUCUCGCAUUAGAGAAAGUAGCUGAAUCACUUGAACUGCCUUGCAAAUACAUGUCACUUGGAUGCCCAGAGAUUUUUCCAUACUAUAGUAAACUCAAACAUGAAGCUUUGUGUAACUUCAGGCCGUACAACUGUCCGUAUGCUGGAUCUGAGUGUGCUGUUGUUGGGGAUAUCCCAUUCCUUGUUGCUCAUCUGAGGGAUGACCACAAAGUAGACAUGCAUUCUGGAUGCACUUUCAACCAUCGCUAUGUCAAGUCUAAUCCUCGUGAAGUAGAAAAUGCAACAUGGAUGUUAACUGUGAAAGCAUGUUGGGUCAUUGAUCUCAUGAACUCUCAACCUGAAUUCGAACCCAUCACAAACCUUUCACUGGACUUCCUCUCAGGAUUUAUCCUGGUAGUUGCAUGGUUUGGAGUAAGGAGAUUGCAUGUACUAGGUGUUCGUCAGGUGGUCAAGGUGUUCCAAGAAGACGAGGGAAAAGGAAGGAAAAAAGAAGAGGGGGGAGGGGUUUCUAAAAUUCGUUUAAUGAGUAUGAUUCCAAAACAUAGUAAUUUUAAGUGUUUAUAAAAAUAUGCCAUGUGUUUUUACCUUUUUUUUUUUUCUCCCUUAUUGGUGUUGUUAACUUCUUGCUACUGUUCUGACUAUAUUGAUGCUGAUGCUUGGAUUGUAAAACCAUAAUUGGAUAACAAAUGGCAUAAAUGGUAAAUUAUGAUGUGGAUAUUUUAUAAGGUCAUUAGCAUAAUCUUUAUUUAUUAUGUUUUGCCUUUUGAGUCUGUUGGUUGAUAGAUCCAGAUUGUCCUAAUGAAGAAUGGAUUGUUAUCAGUGUAACUUAAAAAAUGAACUCACACACAGUAUUUUUCUUUGUGCGAUUCGUAGCCAAUUUUCCUAUACUUGUGUUAACCUCUAAUCUGUAGAUCUCACUCAUAGGUUCAAUUUCCAAGUGAGUAAGGAACUAUCCUUCUGAUCAUAU